AUGGAAGGAGAAUUUCAGGAGUACCAUUUUGUGUUUCUUAAUUAUUUUUUUCCUUAUUUUCCCCAGAAUCCUGUUGAACAAAGCAAUUGCACAGACGUUGAAAGGUUGCUUAAAAAGUAUUACUUAUCAACAGCGUACACCUUUGAAUUUGUAUUUGGACUUCUUGGCAAUGCCGUUGUAUUGUUUGGAUAUAUUUUUUGCUUGAAAAACUGGUCAAGUGGAAGUGUGUAUCUAUUCAAUCUGUGCAUAUCAGACUUUGCUUUCCUCUGUACACUUCCCCUUUUGGUGUCAAGUUAUAUACAUGAAGAAUGGACAUUUGGAGAUUUCCUAUGCAAAUGUAACAGAUACUUACUUCAUGAAAAUCUCUACACCAGCAUCCUCUUCCUUGCGUUCAUCAGUGUCGAUCGCUACAUGCUUAUAAAAUACCCCUUUAGAGAACACUUUCUCCAGAGGAAGAGUACAGCUAUUAUGAUAUCCCUUGGAAUUUGGAUUUUGGUGUCACUUGAGAUAUUCCCUAUUCUUACUUUCAUAAAACAAGUGGAGGUCAACAAUGUCACCAUAUGCCUAGAUUAUGCAAACUCUGGAGAUGCAUCAUGGAAUCUAGUGUAUAGCCUUUGUCUUACCUUUACUGGAUUUGUUAUUCCUUUAUGUGUAAUAUGGAUCUUUUAUCUGAAAAUGAUGUGUUUUUUAAAAAACAGAAAUCAGCAGCUACCCAAUGGGGCUUCUCUUGAAAAGCCUGUAACAAUUGUAGUCCUUGCAGCAACAAUGUUUUCCAUAUUCUUCACUCCAUAUCAUGUUAUGAGAAAUGUUAAAAUUGCAUCGCGGACAGAGUCUUGGCCACUAAACAGAUGCUCAGAGAUGACCCUAAGCUCAGUAUAUAUUGUUACAAGACCAUUAGCUUUCUUAAACAGCAUGAUUAACCCAGUGUUUUAUUUUCUGAUGGGUGACCAUUUUAGAGAAAUGUUACUUGCCAAAAUCCAAAGCAUAUAUAAAUCUCUAAAACGCACAUUUAAUUUAAGAUGGCCUUAAUUAAAUAUUACUGUAUUUACUGUAAUGAAUGCACCAUUUUAUAUGGUUAUAUUAUUAGCUGAUCAGUCUUAUUAUCAAGUAAUGGCAUUAUUUUCCAGGAGAUAUCUCAUGGCUAAUGUUUUGUUCGAUGGAAAACUAAAGCUCAACAAAGAAUUUGUCUAGAAAUGCUUAACUAUAUUUUAGGGUUCUGGACAAGCCCUAGGUCUCUUGCAGUGGCAGCAUUCCAAUAUAUCCCUCUAAAAUAACAUUUAUUCGUCCCAUUUUUGGACAACCUCUCAGCUUUUACAACAUUUCAGGUGACACUCCAUUAUUUGUCAAAUAUGGAGAGUGCCUCUUAAAUGUUGGAUAAGCUGAAUAAGAUGAGACGGUGCCCUUAAAUGGUAUAAAGGUUCUUUAAAAGGGAUCUAGAAGUUGGAAAGAGGCAGAAUAGGAAAACAAAUUCAAAAAAUAUAAAAAAUCAAGAAUUAUGUCAUAAAAAAAUUGCUAAAAAUGGGUCAAACUAUAAAAGUAAAUCUAAAUGCAAGUGUAAACUUCUAUAUUGUACAAAAAAUGCAAGUGGCAUUACUUUAUAUAAAAGAAUUUAUUUUAUACUGUAUUUUUUAUUCAUAUUA